AAGUCAAGUCAUGUGAUUUGUGCUCGUGACCAUCGACGAUUCCGCAGGUGGCUGUGGCUUUAGAGCAUCUUACCACAGUCCGCAUAGCUCGAAAUUACUACUCAGAGAGCAAGUAUGUAGAGUUGUUUCGUGUUUCUCAAAGCGUUUUAGCUCAGUUACUUAAUGUAUUCAGCUCGUGUUGUUUAUGACACGCAUUUAGUUGGCACGAGGGGAAAUGGUGACACGGAGCAAACUCGCGCUAGUUAGCUUGCACGUUAGCAUUCGUCGAUGUUCGAGUUGUUAACUUUGGGUCAUUGUCACGAAUAUUGGAUUUAUUAAUUGUUUUGUUCAAUAGAAGGAUUGAAUGACUCGCGAGGAGACUAGUCACCAUGGCUGAUGACUUGAAAAGAUACCUCUAUAAACAGUUACAAAGUGUUGAAGGUCUUCAUGCAAUCGUGGUUACAGACAGAGAUGGAGUCCCAGUUAUCAAAGUUGCCAAUGAUAAUGCUCCAGUCCAUGCUCUGAGACCAGGCUUCCUGUCCACGUUUGCUCUGGCAACAGAUCAAGGCAGCAAGUUGGGCCUCUCCAAAAACAAGAGUAUUAUCUGCUACUACAACAGCUACCAGAUUGUACAGUUCAAUCGGUUACCUCUUGUGAUCAGUUUCAUCGCCAGCAGCAAUGCUAACACAGGUCUCAUCAUGAGUUUGGAGAAGGAGUUGGCUCCGCUAAUAAAUGAGCUGAGGCAGGUAGUAGAAGUGACAUAAAGUUUGACAAACCAUCAAAGCCUCAGGGAUCCACAGAGGAGAACCCCCUUGUGUGUUUUGUUGGCGUCUUAUACUCACUUCAAUCAAGAUUUAACAUGUACACUCUGCUGUGUUGAAAACCAAUGUUUUAUCCUUAAUCUAAUACUCGAAGUCUGAAUAAAUGUUUGAUUUUAAUACAUAGUUAUAA